CCCAUUUUGAUUACGCAGCAACAGCGCUGCUGUCCUCUCCGGUGCACUCGGCCAACCUCCGGUGUUAUAAUGUAAUGCUGGUAGUAUCCAGAGGUCCCACCGGAGGAAAAAAAAUCAGAUCAGCUUGCAUUUAUCGGUUCAUCUUUGUUCUUUUUGCGUCGGACAGACUCCGCACCCGCAUUACGCAUGGAACGGUUUGGGGAGACCGGAGUCGAAAUGCUGCGGCGCACUUCCAGCCCACAACAAGAACCAUGCCCAGCUUACAUUGCAAGCAAAUCUAUGACAUCCUGUUUUAUCCCUUAUGAGUUUGCUAUGACCAACGUUUGCUCGGAUACCGACGAGGAGUGAAGAAAACACACGGCGAAGGACGCGGCUCGCGCCGCAGACUCUAGUAGCGAAAACCCCUGCCUUUAGGAUUUUUUUUUGAUGGAGCUGGAGAACAUAGUAGCCAACACUGUACUCCUAAAAGCGAGAGAGGGUGGAGGAGGAAAGCGGAAGGGCAGAAGCAAAAAAUGGAAGGAGAUCCUUCGCUUCCCGCAUAUAAGCCAGUGCACUGAGCUGGGAAACAGCCUGGAGCGCGACUACUUCAGCAUCUGCGAGAAACAACCUAUCGGACGGCUCCUCUUCCGUCUUUACUGUGAGAUCAGACCCAAGCUGCAACGAUGCAUCCAGCUGCUGGACGCGAUGGAAGACUAUGAGGUGACACCCGAUGAAAAACGAAAAAGCAGAGGGGACCAGAUCAUAAAGACAUUUCUCACAAAACAAUCACCUCAGCGCGUAGACAUCGCAGAGGUCUUUGCCGACCAGUGCAGAGAGAACCUGGAGCUCAGUCCAUGUAAGGAGAUCUUUAGCAACUGCCGCAAGACCGUCCAUGACUACUUGAGUGGAGCCCCAUUCGCCGACUACCAGGACAGCAUGUACUUUGACCGGUUCCUGCAAUGGAAGAUGCUCGAGAGGCAACCGAUCACUAAAGACACGUUCAGACAGUACAGAGUGCUGGGGAAGGGGGGGUUCGGAGAGGUGUGUGCCUGCCAGGUCAGAGCAACGGGGAAGAUGUACGCCUGCAAGAAGCUGGAGAAAAAACGGAUAAAGAAGAGGAAAGGGGAGUCCAUGGCGCUCAACGAGAAGCAGAUCUUGGAGAAAGUCAACAGCAGAUUUGUUGUGAGCCUAGCGUACGCGUACGAGACCAAAGACGCUCUGUGUCUGGUGCUGACCAUCAUGAACGGCGGCGACCUGAAGUUCCACAUCUACAACAUGGGCACGCCGGGCUUCGAGAAGGACAGGGUCCAGUUCUACGCGGCCCAGAUCUGCUGUGGCCUUGAGCAUCUGCACAGAGAAUCUAUCGUCUACAGGGAUGUGAAACCGGAGAACAUCCUUCUAGAUGACAACGGACACAUCCGAAUUUCUGACCUGGGGUUGGCCAUCAAAGUGCCUGAAGGAGAGCUCAUUAGAGGCAGGGUGGGGACCGUCGGUUACAUGGCUCCGGAGGUGAUAAACAACGAGAAGUACGGCAUGAGUCCGGACUGGUGGGGCCUGGGCUGCCUCGUCUACGAGAUGACGGCCGGGCGGUCGCCCUUCCGCGCCCGCAAGGAGCGCGUGAAGCGCGAGGAGGUGGAGCGGCGGGUGCAGGAGGAGGAGGAGGAGUACAGCGACAAGUUCACAGAGGACACCAAGGCCAUCUGUAGAAUGCUGCUAACCAAAGACCCCAAGCAGAGGCUGGGGUGCCAGGCGGAGGGAGCAGCCGGCGUCAAGGCCCACUCCUUCUUCAAAAACAUCAAUUUUAAGAGGCUGGAGGCUGGAAUAGUGGAGCCUCCCUUUGUGCCCGAUCCCCGGGCGGUGUACUGUAAGGAUGUAUUGGACAUAGAGCAGUUCUCCACAGUCAAGGGAGUAAAUUUGGACCAAACUGAUAAUGACUUCUACUCCAAAUUUGCUACAGGCAGCGUUUCCAUCCCAUGGCAAAAUGAGAUGAUAGAAACCGAGUGUUUCAGAGAUUUGAAUGUGUUUGGGCCUCAAGGGACGAGACCUCCAGAUCUGGACUGGAAUCAGCCUCCAGAGCCGCCCAGACGCAGCCUGCUGGACAGGAUCUUCAGGAGGCAUCAACCAGAGGUGUCUAUUUCCCACAGCCGCGUGCAGUCUUCCAGUGUAAACUCUGUGGACUCCAUGUCCAACUCUGCCCCCUAGUGGCACAGUGACAGUGGGUGAGCCACACACACAAGGGGAAGGAGCUCCGAGGGGUUUCCCCGCUACUGAUUGGCCCAGAGUCUGGCCUGAGCAGCAGCUGGAGACAGCCUGUCUAAAAACCUAAAUGGUCAGCCCAUGGGGGAGGGGGUUGACUGAGCCCUGGGACCCCAUGGCAUUUGUAGUGGGAUGGUCCAUGUUGUCGCAGAGACCUUUGGAAACUUUGGACAAACUUUUACUUACCCUCAGGAUUGUUGGACUAUAGAACAGAGCCACUGACGUUAACGGGAGCAGAAAAAGAUAGAAAACAAGCUAAUAUUCAGGGGAUCCACUGUAUAAUAAAGACCACCGCAGGGAAGAGAUGACGGGGGUCUUGGUGAAUUUUCCAGAAAAGGAAUUUCUUUCUCUCUUAUUCACAGUUCUCUUCUUUCUGGCCUGAAUCCUGUACCAGUCUCUCCCAUUCUACUCGCCCCAUCUGAACUCAUCCUGCAACGUAUUCUUUGUCUGCAUUUCCACCUCCCGUACCUCAGAUCACUCCUUAAACAUUCAGAACACAUCACCUCAAGAACCUCAACACACAAUGUACAUUGCCUUGCGUACACUCAGGCCAAAGAUUACGGUUUAGUUUUGUGAUACUGUCGUCAUGUUGAUUUCUCGAUUUCCUUUUUGUUCGUUUGUCUGUUUCUCCGAUGUCGAUUAGAACCACGGGAGGAUCCGAACGUGUGAAUGGUUUUCUACUCUAAAUAUGAGCCUGCAGACAUAUCAUUGUAUAGCUUAAAGCACACGUACCUUACACACACAAUCAGAUAGACGCGCGCACACAGGUAGAGUUGUGAGAAUCUCGUUGUGUUUCUUAUUUCAUGAACAAAUGUAAGUACGGUCAGCUGUAUCACGUUUGCUUCCGCAUACCUCAUUUUACUGACGCUACCAUCGUAUACACACAGACGUCUCCCUCGGUUUACAGUGUCAUAUUAUAUUUGACAUUAUGUGGAGCUUGAAGACUAAUUAAUAUGCUGUACAGAAACACAAAUCUCUCUCUCUCGCUCUCUCUCUCUCUCGCUCUCUCGCUCUCGCUCGCUCUCUCUCUCCUUUUUGUUUUUUCUACAUUUUCUGACGUUCCCGUGGACUGGAGAGGAACACAUGAACUCAGCCUGACUUGCAAGUUGCACAGUUAAAAAACAAUGUCAUGCUGUUCUGUCACCAAAUGAAAAUGUUUUUACCUCUGAUCAUUCUGGCACAUGGUUGCGUCGAUGUUGUCGCACGCCACUUGUACAUCCAAAAACAAGCGUGUUCUUGUUCUCCAUUUAAAUUAUAAUGCUGCAUAACCAUUUCUGUCACAUGUACAGUUGUUCUUUUUAAUAUAUGUUGACCCUUUACACUUACUAUUAACAUCUUUAAAAUGCCUCACACACCUGAAAAGGGUCUUCCUCGUGUUCGGUGUCCAGCCAUAAUUAAAGACACAGGGUAUCCACAGCUAUGUGAAAAGUUCACUUUAGAUGAAUUUUCUUUUAUUGUCCAGUUCAUUUGUGUCUGAGCAGAGAGAGGACGGGACCACGUCAGAGAAUCCCACACAAAGAAGUGGCCUUCUCACGGCAGCACAGCCGGUUAGAGGGAGGAAGGGCUCAGCCUCUCGGUUUAUAAGCGUGCUGUUUCACCUGUUGGAAGUCAUGGAAGUAACUUCAAUUGGCCGUACUAAUCAUGAGCCUGUCUCCGUUCUCUCUGCGUAUUUGACCUGGAGCAGACUGAAGUGCCUCAUUGUUAACGAUCUCCCGAACGAUGCCCACACACACGUCAGCACUGUCCUGGUUUGUUUUAUUAGUGAACACACACUCAUAGUUGGGAGGAGUUUUCCUUCUUAAUUUAAUGUACAGCAAAGUGCUGAGUGCAUGUGAAAGCCAAACCCACUGUGUCCUGCAAGUCCCAAUAAACUCUGUGUUCUACUUUGACUA